GACAUUGUUAUAAGCGAAGUCCACAUGCCGGAGAUGGAUGGUUUUAAGCUUUUGGAGCACAUUGGAUUGGAGAUGGAUCUGCCAGUCAUCCUGAUGUCGGCGGAUGUUAGCAAAAGUGUUGUGAUGAGAAGUGUCACUCAUGGUGCUUGUGACUAUCUGAUAAAACCGGUUCAGAUGAAGGAAUUGAAGAACAUAUGGCAGCACGUGAUUCGUAAGAAGAAGUAUGAGUGUAAGGAAAAGGAUAUGGAACAGUUUGGAAGCAUGGAAGAAAGAGAUUGGCAGCACAAGCCUACGGAUGAUGCUGAGUACUCCUCUUCAGCUUACGUAGGGAAUUGGAGAAGUUCGAAAGAGGGAAGAGGAUGAGGACAGAUGGUGAUGACAAAGGAUGAUUCAUCUACAUUGAAGAAACGUGUCAUUUGGAGUAUUGAGCUGCACCAGCUAUUUUGUAACCGCUGUUAAUCAACUUGGAAUCGACAAUGCUGUACCAAAGAAAAUAUUGGAAUUAAUGAAUGUCCCGG